AUUAAUUUCUAGAUCCAUCCAUCCAUCCUGUGAUAAAGGGAACUGGUUUGCUGCAAAAACCACUCUAACCCAAACCAAACCCAAUCAAUUUCUAUAGAUUCCCCUUCUCACCACUGAUCUACUGCAAAGUUCUCUCUCAACCCUCCCUCGGCUAGGAGAUCCAACUGAUUAGUUGGGGAUUGAUCAUAUAUAGCACUCAUGUCCGCAAAUCAUAGAAGUGGUAGAGAUCAUACAGGUAUCGAUAUUCUCGAUGACCUCGAGAAAAGCAAGAAAUGCAAGAAAUGCAUCUUCAGAGUUCCUAACGUGCUCUGGAGACAAAAUCCAGCAGCAUAUACACCUGACGUUGUUUCAAUCGGACCUUUUCAUCAUUAUCGAAAAAAGAGAGGCAAGAAGGAAGGCAAUGGCGAAAAAUAUUUCCAACUCAUGGAACGAGUGAAAACUAGCUAUUUGAAAGAAAUUCUCACAGUCACAGGUACGGAGAUUAAAAAUUUGGAAGUGUUGACUGCAGAAGUCAUUAUGCUCUCAGAUCAAAAGAAUGAAGGCGAAUUUGAGCAACGCGAGCGUGAAUUUGACCAACGCGCGCGCGAAUUUUACGCCGAACCACUUCGUCAUAUUCCCUCUAAAGACUUCAUCGAGAUGAUGAUAGUUGACGGUUGCUUCCUAAUUCAACUCUUUCGGAAGUGUAACGAUCCGAAACUCAGGGCCUUUGAUGACCCGGUGUUCAACAUGGACUGUAUGUUUCAUUUCCUAUGCCAUGACAUUUUGCUCCUAGAGAAUCAACUACCUUGGUUUGUUAUCCACAUUUUGUAUGACCUUACCCAUGAUAUAUACCCUGAUGAAGCUUCCCUCUCUAUUCUCAUCAUGACAGCGCUCAGCAUACUACCAUCACUGAAGCAAAGUUGCUCAUCUUAUAAUAAGCAUCUCCGCCGAAACAAUUGUCAUUUUGCUGCUGAUUAUCUGCACAUACUUGAUCUGAUAAGAAGUUCCAUAGUAAUUCCAUCAGGGACCAAAGCGGUUGGAAAAGAAUCUAUGUCCAACCCUGAAGAACAUGAAGUUGACUCUGGGAACAAACACGAGAGAAACAAUAAAGUUGUUCAUGAAGCUACCAUUGACCCAGAUUCACAUCAAAUUCGUACCGCAACCACUCUCUCAAAGGCAGAUAUUAAAUUCGAAAGCGUAGAAAAGGAGAGCAUAAUGGACAUCCAUUUCGAAACGGGCGGGUGUAUCAGGAAUGGGAUUCUUAAGAUUCCACUGCUAAACGUUGGAAUGUCAUCGGAAACAUUAUUCAGGAACCUCAUUGCAAUCGAGCAAUGCUACCAUGGUUAUUCAAACGAGGUUACAUCUUAUGCCAUCUUUAUGGAUAACCUCAUCUCUUCAAAGGAAGAUAUGGAAUUACUUUGCAAGCAAAAAGUAAUAGGUAACUUGAUGAGUGAUGAAGAUGGUUGUAAGUUCUUCAGCAACCUUUACAAGGACAUCCCGCACAACAAAUUCUCGCACAACAAAUUCUACUAUAGUGCUCUUUGCAAGCAGGUGAAUGAUCGUUACCAACUGAGACGGUAUACAUGGUUGGCUUUACUCAAGAUUGAAAAGUUUUCUAACCCCUGGAGACUUUUGGCUUUCGGGAUAGCUAUUAUCGCUUUGUUUCUCACCUCGUGGAGCUCGGCAAACAACAUUCGGGUUAACUGGCAUAAGUGAAGUUUACUGGCUAAGCUAGUUAUUCUCAAUUGCAUGCGUUUCUCACUUUCUUUGUGUGUGGCUGUCGUUGUUUUUGAGAUAUUUGAAUGUGCCUCUUAUAUAUGUCAUUUAAAUUACGUUGACGGUAUUGUUUCGA